UCUUUUUUUUUAUAUCAAUUGUCAAUUUUCAUCGAACCCCGAGUUUAAUGAUACUUUAAUCUCUUAAUUUUCUUAUCCAUCGAUUUUGAUGCGUAGAAUUACGAAACGAGUAUUAUUUCGCGUUAUUUUCUUAUUCAUCGUUUCGAUUCUUCGGAUCGAUAAUUGUUAAGAAUUAAAUUUAAGAUUCUGAUUCGAAAAAUUUCCCCCUCCCCAGCAUUCAAUUGGGGGACACGAUAGAAUAGAUUUUCGCAGUCUACGCUGUUGCCCGUCCUCGUAUGCAUGCUAUUUACCAUUAGAUUAUCAUCCCCUCAUUUUUUUCGUCUCUCCCCUACCUCGCUGCAUUCGUGCUUUCUUUCGACCCCUUCUGGGGCAGCUCUUUUCUCAGCGCGACUCUUUUUCAUCCACGUAUCUUGUAUCUCUCGCGUUGCAAAUGUAACGGGCGAAAUGUGACGAGCAAACCAAUUAUUUCCACCGCGAUGAUCGAUUCACGUUCGUAAUUCCGGGCCCGAGUCAUUAGCGAACGCUCUUCGCAGGGGUGUUCAUUAACAUUGACUACCGCGUCGUUCCAGUGAAAAUGAUAUUCGCGUUGGGUUGCACACUACGUCCCUACUAUCGAUUGAUACUUUCCUCGUUUGGACUCGAUCCUAAAUAAGAUAAACGUCGAUCAAGUGCACAUUAUGAUUUGGCUCGUUUGUACACGUUAGAAAAUGGAGAUACGAUUUAUAAAUUAUGCAUUCACGUUUCCCUUUAGAUGGAUGUUUUUUUUAUUAUAUUAUAGUAUCUUUUAUUAAGUAGAAAUUGAAAGGCAAAAGUGUUGGGAUAGGAAACGUUUUAUUUGAUUUUUAUUCUUUCGUUAAAGUUUCAUUAUCGGUGCAUCUAUUGUAUGAUUAACCGAUACCUGAGGCACGUGGAUCCAUUUAUGCAGCACGUGUCUUCUCAAGAUUCCACCGGGGGUAGCGUUACAAUAUCCCGUGAUGAAUGCAGUAGCUCCUCCAGGUAGCUAGGGUUCCCACAAAAAAAUGGAGGGGGAUUCAAUUCGAGGCCUCUAAUAUCUUGUGUCUACAACGAAAAAGAGGAAAGAAAAAAAGAGGAGGCAGAGGACGGGAGUAAACAGAAGUCGAGAAGUUAAAACGAUUAUUAUAUUCAACGAGGGAAGGGGAGGGGGGAAAAAGGGGGAAAAAAAAGCGAAUUGUCGGAUUUUGAAUAUCGAAUCCCGGUUCGAGUUUAACUUUGUGGAAAAUUUGUUGAAUAUCCGUGCACGUUAAAAGAGGGGAGGGAGGAUGGUUAAAAAGAGGGGAAUGUGGAUGAACUAUGUGGUAAAGGGACGGCGAAAUUUGGCCGCAUUCGCACGGUCGAAAAGCUCUCUCGCACAAGAGGGAGGUCAACCCCUGGGACGACGGUUUCCAUUUUCAACGUGGCGCCUGCGUUCUCGAGCUCUGCACGGGCUCUACCAACCCUCUCUCCUCCACUCGUUUCUCCUUUUCAAGCCUCCACUCCACUUCUUUCUUUCUUUCUCUUGUUCGUGGACCCUGAAUAUCCACCCCUUCUUCUCUAUCCCUCGAGUGCAGCGCUUGCGCACGUGCCCUCCCCCGCACGUCUAGCCAUUUUUUCUUUUCCCCCUCGAAUUCAACCCCUGUCUCUCGAACCGCGACAGCGAGACGAAACUGCUCCCACGAAAUAUUCAAAUAUAUUUUCACGACAAAUUUAUCAUUUUUCCAAUUGUAUCUACAUGUUAAUGUUUUUCUUUUCUUUUCUUCUUUUCUAUUAUCUUUCAUUUUUUCCCUCCCUCUACUUUUUAGUAGGUUUUUGUAGAAACGUUGUUGAAACAACGACGCUUGAACUUCUUUCUGCGAAAGAAUCUUGUCUGCGAGAGAAUCAUCAGGCUUCACUCGAAUUCGCAAUUAGUACCUUUUUUUCGGAUCAUCUAGCUUUUCCCUGAUCUCAAUCUGUCUUUACUGCCUUUUUCUGCCAUCUGGCAGAAUGAAAAUUAUCCUAUUAUUUUAAAUAUUCUAUUAUGUUAAAUAGUCUUUUUUUUUUUUUUCCUUUCAAAAUUUUCGUUUCACUUACAAUCGUUCAAUCAACAGCUGUGUCCAUUAACUCGUUUUCAAUCUUCUUAUUCCUUUCUUUCUUUCUCCCUUGCAUAUAUAUUAUUUGAGAGUUUUCUUUCAAUCAGUAUCGAUGGUUGCAAGGUCCAGAGGAUCUCCGGAGGGAGCAGCCAUUGUUCACGACCCUUCCGCAGCGCCUGCGUGCCUCGCAACUAUCCUCGAUUUCGUUUUUCUUUUUCUACUUCUUUGUCUUUACAGCCUUCGUAAAGUACUGAUCGUAAUGAUCCAGAGAUUUCAAAGAGUAAUCUUCUCAUUUUUAUUUCUAUCCGACAUGUAUGCUUCCGUCUACCAACUUUUCUAACUCUUCUUUUCAUCGAAUUUUUCUAUAUAUAUUUGUUCAAAAAAAUUAUCGAACUUGAAAAUUGUGUGUCUACAAUUUAUUAUCGUUAAUAUAAAUUAAUAUUUCUCAUAAAAAAAAAGUAUGUACGCGUUUUGUCGCAGAAUUUUGCCCGACGAAAUAAUAAAUCCACAUCCGUGGUUACAUCCCUGCGACUUUUCACACUUAACGAGUUAACGUCACGACGAUUUCGAAGCAAGGGAUUACUUGCUCCUCCGUUAUUCGACGCCUGCGUAGAUUCCGCCCCUCGCCUCGCGCAUUUUUCUCCGCCUCUCCCUCGCCACUCUUCGUGCCCCGGUUUUCCAUCUCCCGAAUCGCGUCGACGAGCACUCGGCCAGGGUGUCCAGAGAAGAUACAGUUUCUCGUUUGAUUUCUUCGAACAUUUCCAUUCCACGCUUUCUUCUCCCUUCCCUUCGACUUCCGUUCCCCUAUUUAUAUUUUUAUCCUUCUUUUUCCUUUCCUUUUUCUUUCUCUUUUUUUAUUUUUUAUUUUUUCCUUAACCGUUUCCACCACCACUUCUCCCGGCGUGUAUACGCCGCCAUCGCAACCCCUCCAUCGAAAGGUGGCGUGCCACGAGAUAGCUCGGUGGUAGUGAUCCAGGGAGAGGGUGCAGUCAUUGCCUCUUUUCGGCGCCUGCGUACAUUCCGCCACGCUCGUCGAUCCUGCUCUGUCCAACGGGUUUUCCUUGAUCGUUUCUUUCGACCUCUAUCCUCCUCGCAGCUCCCACCCCUCUAGCCUAGGCAGAACUAGUAGCGUCGGGGGCGGUGGUGAUAGCGGGCAGCAGAGGGUGCAGCGAUUGGCGGCAGGGCCUGGCUCCGUCAGUUUAGUUACCGCACCACAUAAAGGCAUUGCGUUGUAGACACCGUUAUACCCGCAACAUUCUUACUAUUUGCUUGUAUAUCUUCAUUUCUGACCCUUUAAUUCGACAAAUACGUUCGUAUCGUUGGUACAUAUAUAGAAUCGUCCUCACCGAUUAAUCAUUCUUGCUUUAUCCCGCCCACGUGUCAACGAAAAAUACUUUAAUCGAGAAAAAAAAAACGUCGUGUGUGUCCACGCACAACACAUCUUCCGAUCCGGGUUUUAAUACACGAGAAAAAAAAACGAAAAAAAAAAAAAAGAAAAUAAAAUAAAGAAUAAUCGAAGCAGAAACAAGAGCAAAAAAAAAACGAAAUAAUCGAAACGAAAUAAUAGAAGCUACGAGUAAAAAAAAAACGAAAUAAUCGAAGUACGAAUCGAUCGGUCGUCAACAAAGGAAGAAAUUAAGUCAAGAAUAUAUAUUUGGAUUGGACACACUUUUCUUCACGUGCGUCUUCUGGCGGGGAUCUUAUGGUUUCGUUCGUCCAUUUCGACCGUCCUUCCCGAAACCUUAUCUACUGUCUCCUUUCACCCCCUGGAACAGUCAGCUUCUCGAAGAUUGAUCUCGAUCGACGCGCACGCGGUUCCCAUUCUAACUUCGCUUAAAAAAAAAAAAAAAAACAAAAAGAAAAAAAAAGAAUAAAGAAUAAAGAAAGAGAAAAAGGGAAAGAGGAAAGAGAUAAUUGAACGCAACGUCGCCGGUUCUCCACGAAGAUAAAUUCAGUGUGUCAAUCAUUAACGAGAUUGGUGUAUAAUAAUAUCGAGGCAACGAAUCGUCAUCUGGAAGAUCUUCUUUAUUCGACGGAAGAGUGAAAAAAGAAAAAAGAAAAAAGAAAAAAAGAAAGAAAAAAGGCAAACGUUCGGACGAGAAAAACAGAGAUAGAGGGAGGAGAGAAACGGAUAUAAUAGUGUUGGCCGGUGGGAGUGAAAGAGAGACUCGAGGGUGUGUUCCGCGGUUUUCUUCGCCCUCUUUUUUCCUUUCGUUUCGUCGAUACAUUAAGAAAUUAAGUGUCAUACAUACGUGUAUCCCAAGGGUUGAAUCGUUUUUUUUUUUUAUAAAAUAUAGACUGUAAUUCAUCGUUAUCGAUUGGAGAAAGUGCAAAAAAAAAAAAAAAAGAUAUCUUGAGGAAAACUUAAAAACUCGGUAAUUCGUCUUGGUAAUUCGGUAAACUCGAUAAAACUUGAUAAAAAAUCGAAUAAAAUUAUAAAAACACGGAUAAAUACGCAUAAAUACGGUUCAGAAGGAUAAAUAAAUAAUAAAAAUAAUAAACGAACAAAACGAAAUAAAAAAAGAAAGAUAAAAAACGGGAAAACGAAACACGCACACGUCGUUUAAAGAAACAAAAAUUGAAAAACGGAAUAGAACAAAGAAACGGGCAUCAAAACGAGAUAACAACGAAAUGAAAAUUUAGCGAUAUAGAUAAUAUUUAAAAAAAAAAAAAAAUAACUCUCCAUUAAAGAAAAAAAAAAAACUAAUUAAAACGAAAAAAAAAAAACAUUAACCCACCGUCGUUUCGUUCUACGCCCAGAUAUCGGCAUCCUCCAACCACUGAUUUUCAUCGUUAACCGCAACCGAUUGAUUAUUGCGGCUAAUUUCUCAAUUAUAUGAUAAGAACAAUAUAAAACGUUUAUCCGUGAAAAUAUGGUGAAAAUAUCAGCGUGUAAUAACAGCUGACGUUCUCUACGGCGCAUUAUCACGGGCCAGAGAAGUUUGGGCGUGGCAGCCGAAAGCAACGUGGCCAGGAGAACGCGAACGCAGCCUCCAAACCCACAAUUCUCCGGCCAACUUUCAGUUCGAAUCCUUCUUUUGACUUGCGGAGUAACCGGCGAGAGAAAAAAAAACGAAAAAAAAAAAAAAGAAAUCAAAAGAAAAAAAAAAUCAUAAUUAAACGAGGAAAAGAGAAAGACGAGAAACGAAAAACGAGAGAAAAACAUCUUAAAAAAAAACACGUUCGAGCGAAUACGUUGAAUAUAUUCGGUAACAAGUGAUGGAAAACGGCGAGAGUGUGCAUGAAGGAUCAAGCAGAUCCAGGAUGGAGCAACUGGCACUGCGGGUCCUCGUCGAGGACAAGCAGGAAGUCUCGAGAGGGACACUUCCGUCCGCGAUGGCCUCGAUCACAAUGAUAUUUUCCAAUCCAAAUUCUCAACCGAAUAACGCGAUAUCAAAGAUUGACCGAGGGUUGCGAGCCUAGUAGGAGGAUGAUAGAGCAGAAUGUAUAUGUGAAAGAAGGAUAGAGAAAAGCAGCGAGUGGGAGAAAGAGACUAGGUCUAGUUGGGGAAGCUCGUAUUGAUCGUUUCUGGGUCCAUGUGACGCGCCUGCGUUUUGCCGUGGGGUAGAAUCGUAGCGAGGGUAAACUGUGGGGAGGAAGGUGGGAAAGAGUGAGAAGCAGAGAGAGAAAGAGAGAGAGAGAGAGAGCCGUGCCGGGGUUCAUAUACCCCCAGGGCGACUGCAACGUUCUACCAUGCCACCGACCAAUCAAUGGAGCUUCUCUACCUCUGUGUCUCACCCUGUUUCCUCUCUUUCCCUCUCCCUCCGUCCAUUCGUCAUUCUUUUUCUCUCGAUUUUCCGCGAUUCUUCGUCCAUCAUACGUAAUAUCGCACACACGCAUCGUCCCCCUUCAAAGAUUUACGGUAUUAAUACUUGACAACACAGCGAGUGCCCAAUGCCACCCCUACGGAUGCGUGUACCGAUAAUCCAUCGAAACUUCGUUCGAGUUUAAAGAGAGCCGAUGCUAAUUCUCGUAACGAGUUCUCGAGGACGAUAACGAUACGAAUAUAUAGGGUUGCGGAGGUAAUACGUUACCGCUCGCCUAUUAAAUUUAUCCUUGGCCUUUGAACAAAUAAUGUCGUCAACGAGAAAAAUACGAGCAAAAAUUGUUCUGCCUCGUUUGAUAUUAUCGCUUAUUUUUAUUUCGAAUUUCCUUUGCGAGGAAAGAUUGUGCGAGUCUCAUUAAUCGCAAUCCCAAUUACUUUCCUUUUUCUCUGUCGAUCAUGCGUCAAUCGGUUCAAGUCAGUGAUAAUUCAUCGAUUUCGUUAGAUUGAAAUUUUCAUUUCAGUUCGAAUGCAUGUCGAAGUCACGAUAUUAUUUCAUUACGUGGAAUAUUUCAUCAUGACUGAACCAACCAUUUCUUUUCUCUCCACAUUUAUGUUUACUUUACGUAAUCACCCUUUGUGGACUUCGAGAAGACGUCGUAAGGUUUCCCUGAAUAUUUAGUGAUGCGAUCAUUGCCUGACGAGAGAGGGACGAUCAUGAAUCGAUGCAUACUUAUUUACGAGGAAAUACAGGCAAAAAAAGCGAAGAAGAGCUACUACAAGGAAAAAACAAAUCGAUCGGUUGCACCUUAAUUAGCACGAUGAUGCGCGUUUGAUCGAUCUUCGUUAUAUUUCCUAGGCGGGGUUAGGGAGUUUCGUCCAUUUUGCGCAAAUGUUUGUUAAAAAUACCGUCCAUUUCCAACGAUACUAUUUUCUAACGAAAUAUAUAUCCAAUUGAUCUCGUCCAACCUCCUAGGAUAGAAAUUAUUUAUACGCCCCUUAUAAUUAUUUAUCCCCUUGCAUAUUUUAUACUUGGAUAUUUAGGGAGCUAUUUUCACUAACCAAGUUUGCCAUUGAUCUUCCAAUUAGUUCCAUUGGCUCGUUGAAACCGCCUUUGUCACGCCUCGAACCAUUAAUAGGAUUCGUGAGAAUAUCGAUAGGAUAGAUUAUCGACGAAUCUCGUCAAAGGUUCAGUGACCCUGGAAAAACUUCACGGACGGAAUUAUUACUCCCGUGGCAGAGUAUGGGUGGAAUUAUGCUCGUGCACGAGCGUACCGGCGGAUCGAUGAUGAAGGUGGGGCCAUACCCCAAAAACGUUGCUUCGACAGCUGGAUCAUAACCGGGAACGAAAGAGGAGGGUUGGUUCGGUAGUACGUUUUGUAGUCUCGACUCGAAUGAUUCACAAUUUAUGUCUCUUCACGGCUUUGAUCCGAUAUACCGGAAAAUGGUAAAUCAUUCUCGUUGGCACGCGCUAUUCUCCGCAUCUAAAUGUUCGAAAAAUAUAUACCUUUUAGUCAGAAUUACGAAGGAUUGAUUCAUUCGUAUGGAUGGCGGAAGCAACGAUUAGAAUGAUUUCGAAUAAAUUUCCCUCUCGGUUCGAUGGUCUGAAUAUUGUUUCGCUCGUUCGUUGUCGCUAAGGCGAUCAGAGGCCGGCAAACUUUCAUAAUUCCAACGGUAAUGCGGUGACAACUUCCUGUCGCACCGUGUGGCCGGUUUUAAAGCCACCGAGCAUAAUGGAACUCGCUCACAUAUGCGUCCACUGUGUCCCUAUUUUUUUUCCUUUUUUUUUUUUUUUUUUUUUUGCAUACCGUUUCGCAUCUGUUGCAAGUCCUGUGCCCAGUUUCGUUCCCUUUUUUCUCAUGCGGCUAGAUACAAUACAGGCUUGCUCCCUCCUUCUCCUUCUUUGGCCGAUGUUAGGUCCGGUCAUGUACGUAAUACGCAAAGAACCUGGUCAAUCGUUCAUGUCUAACAAAAGCAGGAAGUCAAUCGAAAAGAUCGUUCCUUUGAUUAUACGAGGAUUAGCGGAUAUGCGAAGAUUGAUUUCUUUUUUUUUUUUUGUAACGAUUAGAAUAAGAAAUAUAGGGACGAAGUACAAAUUAUAUACUUCAUUUGAAUCUAUGAAAUCCGAUUGGAUGGAUCGAUGAUAAUUUGAUUCGUCGAUAGAUGAAUGAUGAGACAGAUUUCUUUUGUAUUUAUAUGUGAACAUAUUUAUAAUUUUAAUGAUACGUAUUCGUGGUUUUGAAUCGAUAAGUGACAAUUUCUCUGUAUCUUUUUAAAAAGGAAUAACAAAUUAUCAAAAAGAAUUCAUCGUACUCUGUGUCUUAAGUUUUAAUUAGGCGAUUAUAAUAUUUAAUUAGAAUUUUAAAGCGAAGAUAUAUAUUAUAGAAUCGAGUUCUUCAGGAAGUUCUGACAAAAGUUCAUUCUGUAUGAUGAUGUAAUAUAAGGGAAACGAAUUUCCGAAAACACGAACUCGCGGUUAUUGGCACGACCGCCAAGUGUUGCUCGGCUUGUUUCGUCAGCAUCGCAUAAUUUUGGCUCACCGUCAUUUUAGAGACUGCAUUCUCUCGAUCUUCGAAGAUAAAGCCAGGGUAAGGUCAGGGAUGCAGCUUGGAUUCGUUUACUCGUGUUCAUAUCUUUUUUUUUUUUGAAAAAUGAUUCUAAUUAUCCACACAAUAACGAACAAAAUGAAAUUUUUGCGUUUAAAACUUGAUUAAAUAUUCGAUAGAUCUAGCAGAAACGUGCGACGUAGAAAGAAACGAUGCAUAAAUCGAAGGAGAAUGAUUGAAAUGAGACAACGAAGCGGUAGAUUCAGACGAGUUCAUCGGCUUUAUCCUCCUCGAUUUUUGGACUUCGACAAGUCUCGCGAGUCGUCUAUUUUUUUCUCUUCGAGAAAUAUUCAAUUUCAUGGUCUUUGGCAAAUGGCCACCAAUAAGUUUUGACGAUGUAAUUCAUGGUUUCGAGUUCACUACCGAUCGAGUGCGGCCUCGUAAGGGAUAAAAGGACUCUUGUAUCGACGCGAUAGCGCGCUGAGACGACGGGGGUCAAAAACCGUGAAGGGGUGGUCAUGAUCUGAUGCAAGGGGUGAUGCAAGCGACGAGAGGGAGGCAAGAGGGCGGCAUACCUUCUGCCUCGUAAUGCCAGGGAGCCAUGUUGCAAACAUUUCCUAACGAACAAACCCCUGCAAAUAUCUUGAGGAGGAUACUGAAAUAUUGCGCCUGAACUGCCCCUAGGUUGUCAGCUCUCUUGUUAACUGGAUGCAGUUUAAACAAAAUGACAGGUGUUAUUUUUUUUUUUAAUUCUUUUAACACCGGAAUAAAUAAAAAAUCGCGACUCGUUAUUCAAACCUUGACGAUUGUAACAAUUGCGAGAAUACGAGAGAGUAAAAGGGAAAAAUUUAAAAUCCUGGGAUAAAAUAUAAUGUAGAGAUUCUAAAUUUAUUAAAAUUCGACAAAGGGGAAAAUGAAGAGGAGGGGGGGGGCAAGGGAGCCAGUUCGAUCGACGAUGGGAGGUCACAGUUUAUUUAAGAACGCGCAUACGUCUCUUAUUAGUUCGAUCGGCAACCCCUCGCAGCAUACGAGUACAUACGUGCGAGUUGGUAGGAGGAGAUACGUAAUAACGAGGGGUUUGCAGUGGGUUGGCAACGAGCUUAGCCGAGGGUGCGCGACCGCGCCCGAGCUGGGCCGACUUCGGCCGAUCGAGCUCGUCGGGCUGUGCAAGCCGCUUGAAAGCGGCUGGUGUGUCCAGUCUCUAGGCAGCCUCCGCCCGUGUUAUAUCGUUAUUUCCGUUUCCUUAGUAUAGUGUUUAACGCUUUAAUUUCUAGUCUCGCGUAACCCUCUACACAUUCACACAUACACAUACACACAUAUAUACGCGUAUAUUGUAUUCUAUUCUUUAAAUCCGCGCGCUCACACACACACACACACACAUUACACACAUUGUAUGUACUCCCUCGUUUUCUUUUUCGACGACGAUCGACGAAAUUUGGUGAUCUCAUUUUUCGACGAUAUCGGACGUGAAUAAUUUUCGGCUCGCCGCUCAUACAUUUACACAUACACUCACACAUGUGCUCGUCAAAGUGAAACCAAAGGACUGUCGACCAGGAGGCGAGCAUAAAUGCCGAUUUACGAGCGCUCGCGUCGUACUUUUCUUUCAUUGAUUUCCCCUUCUGUUCCGGGCGGCGGUGCGAGAGCGUGAUAGUAGGUGCACGUAAAGAGAGAGUCAGAGAGAAGAGCAGGGACCGGCACGAUUCAUCGACCAAUCGUUUAAUAAGUUGCACGUUGCUCGGUUUCGCGUGCGAAAACGUGGAAAAGAGUUUUCGGAAGGAGAAAAAGAAAAAGUAACGUCGAGAGAGGGAGAGAAAAGAAGUACGGGAAGAGAGAGUGUCGCGUCUCACGGAAGGAGAAAGAAAAAAGGUGUUUUCUGUGUUUAUUGUGUGGAUGUGUGUCGUGUGCUCUCGCGUGUAUCGAUAAAAAGGUGGAUCCUGUAAAGAUAGUGGAAGAAAGAUUUCGUACGUAGUUAGAAAGGACCCGGUCGAAGAGUGCAAUGAUGGCGAACGGAAUGGACACAGUCGUACAACAAAAUGGUGGAUCCACCCUCGGACAGGCCUCGCAGGAAGAGUCGAAGACGAAUCUCAUAGUAAAUUAUUUGCCCCAGAGCAUGACACAGGAUGAGAUUCGAUCCCUUUUCUCGAGCAUUGGCGAGGUUGAGAGUUGCAAGUUGAUUCGUGAUAAACUCACCGGUCAGAGUUUAGGUUACGGUUUCGUUAACUAUCACCGGCCUGAGGAUGCUGAGAAGGCGAUAAACACGCUCAACGGUCUUCGUCUGCAAAAUAAAACGAUCAAGGUAUCGUACGCGAGACCGAGCAGCGAGGCGAUCAAAGGCGCAAACUUGUACGUGAGCGGUUUGCCGAAGAACAUGACGCAACAAGAUCUGGAGAAUCUAUUCAGCCCGUACGGCAGAAUCAUCACGUCGCGGAUACUUUGCGACAACAUCACCGUACGACAGUUUGUGACCGGCGGCGGAGACUAUUUGCCCGAGAAGAUGAUGGACCCGUUGAAUAACUUGAACCGAUUACCGACAGGAUUGUCGAAAGGGGUCGGUUUCAUAAGGUUCGACCAGCGGGUCGAGGCCGAGAGGGCGAUCCAAGAAUUAAACGGUACCAUUCCGAAGGGCUCGUCCGAGCCGAUCACCGUCAAGUUCGCCAACAAUCCGAGCAACAACAACAAGGCGAUACCGCCGUUGGCCUAUCUGACACCGCAGGCGACCCGACGAUAUGGCGGCCCAAUCCACCAUCCAACCGGCCGCUUCAGGUACAUUCCACUGUCGCCACUAUCCAGCACUGGCAAGGCCAUGCUUGCCAUUAACAAAGGCUUACAGAGGUACAGCCCGCUGGCAGGCGAUCUAUUGGCAAACUCGAUGCUACCCGGGAACGCGAUGAAUGGUUCCGGCUGGUGUAUCUUCGUGUAUAAUCUCGCCCCAGAGACCGAGGAGAACGUGCUGUGGCAGUUAUUCGGUCCGUUCGGCGCCGUCCAAUCGGUCAAAGUGAUCCGCGACCUGCAGACGAACAAGUGCAAAGGCUUCGGUUUCGUGACGAUGACCAACUAUGACGAGGCGGUGGUCGCCAUCCAGAGCUUGAACGGUUACACGCUCGGUAACCGGGUUCUUCAAGUGAGCUUCAAGACGAACAAGAGCAAGGCGGCGUAGGACGACAAGCAACAACAGCAACAGCAUCACGAUCACCACCAUCAUCGGGCAGCGGGAACAACGGCAGCAGCGGCGGCAGUAGCGGCAGCAGCUACGCCGGCUGUGGCGGCAGCCGCGGCCAUGAUCGGUCAAGCGACCGCUACAAAGGUCAUCCUCGGCUCAACGACCGCGGCAGCCGCGGUGGUCGCCGCCACAGCGACCGCCGCCGCUGCGGCCGCGGCUGCGGCUGCGGCCCUGGUCACGCCCGCGACCGUCCAAGCGCUCGCGACUGCCUAUGCUUCCACUAAGAAGAUCGACCACCACCAUCUCCCCAUUGAUUCCGUGAUCAACAUCCUGAACAGUCGUGAUCGCGGAGAGAACCAUCGUAACCAUCACCACCACCACCACCACCACCACCAUCACCACCACCACCAUCACCACCACCACCAUCACCAUCACCACCACCACCACCACCACCAUCACCACCACCACCACCGCCAUAACUACCAUCAACAGUUACAUAACCAGUAUCAUCCGUUGAAAGGUUACAACUCAAUGUCCGGCUAUGAAAUGAUAAUUAGGGGUAUGACCUCGUCGAAGAGAUGUCGUUGGGGCGGCAGAUACGAUUACGAGAACCACGAUGACGAAUACAAUUCCGACUAAAUAAUGAACAAAUGGAUGCUGAGAGCUCCCUGGAGAAAACUCGGUCGAGAGGGGGGGAAAAAAAUAAAAAAAAUAAAAAAAAAGAAGGAAAGAAUGGAGGCGAGUGAGAGAUAGAAGAGAGGGGAGAAUGAUAAGAGAUACUCGUGCGCGUGUGGUGCGUGUAUACGUGCGUCUGUACGAGAAAGGGUGCGAUGCGUGUGUAGUAGGUGCGCGUGGCUGACGCGGGGGAGGGGCGGCAGAGAGACGAGGAGCAAGAGAUGGCGAAGACGGAGAGAGGUAGGUCGUGAUGUGUUCCAGUCGUUCGAUUUACCUAACUGUAUUAUUACAGGGGCGAGGUGGAUCGAAAGGGGAAGAGAGAGGAGAAGUCUUGCUUUCUUUCUUUCUUUCUUUCUUUCUUUCUUUCGCUUUACUUUUACCCUCUCCUCUCUCCUCAUCUCUGCUCGCUCGUUUCUUCUCCCCCCCUCUCCCCAAACUAUUAUCGUCCAUGACGAAAGGAUAACGCGAGAUCCUGUCUUGUUUUUUGGAGGAAUUUGUUUAUCGCUCAAUCCCCGGAUUACAAUUAAAAUAAUAAUGAAGAGAGAAAGGAUUGUGGCCGAUAAAACGUGGCUCGUGUCACCGCUGCGAAUAUUGUACAUAUGUUUUGCCGAUUUAUGUAUCAUGUACGCGAGUGCACGAGCCACGCCAAUUGGCGAAUAUUUCCGAUUCUGAGGGGAAAAGAGUGAAAUCUAUGUCGAAUCAACGACGCUUGUCAAGGGAAACGAAGGGAGGGACGUCUCCUCUCUGCUCGAUCAAGAAGUUAUGCAACGACGUUAUACUACGAGAUUGACGUGAAAUUUAAGAAAAGGCAGGACCUGAUGGAAUUUUUUUUUUCUAAAAUCUCGAGAUCAUCCACGAGGGAACGAAGAGAGAGGGAGAGAGAGAGAGAGAGAACACGACGGUAUCUCGCGUUUUCCUAAUUAGAUUGACUUACUUAUAUCGAUUACGAUGGAAGGGAUUAAGAGAGACACACACACACACACACAUAGAGAAUGAAAAAAAAAGAAGAAUGCGUAGUAGUAGGUGGUUGUAGGGAAAUGGUGUUGUAGAAAGGAGGGAUGAAUGAACGGAUAGAGGAUAGAAUGACAUGGCGGGGACGAUGGAGACGUGUUGCGAGCGAGGACGGGACGGGGACGAUCGAUAGAUCGAUCGAAGUAACGGCAAGAGACGAUAAGUAGAGCUCUCUGGUAGAGGAUAUAAGAGAAAUGGGAAUAUCGAUAGUCGGGAAAAAAAGAAAAAAAAAAAAAAAAAAAAAAAAAAAAACAUGAAA